AUGGAGAAGGAGAGGCACGGUACUCCAAGAUGGCGGCAGUGUGGAGCCCUACACCAAUGGUCCCUGUCUCAUGAAGCCCCAGAGGAGAGAAGCCGUGCAGCCGUGCAGCUCACCAACCUGCACAACUCACAAAGAAAGCCCAGCGGUGAGCAGACUGUUAACCCUGAAGAGGGAGAGCUCAGCAAGGUGAAAGCCAGGCAACCUCAGGCAGCCAAUAAAUUUGCCAACAUGCCCCACAAUCGUGAAGGGGAGGCUCUAACUAUAAGAAUGAGCAAUGAAAACCUAGUAAUACUUACCAAGAACUGUAGUCCUGCAUUACCUCACCAACUCAGCUCUACAAACCCUACUCGGACUUUCAGUCACAAGCGACGACUUCAAGACACCUCAUGUCACCACAGAGGCACACACAACAAGAGACUGGUAGUGUCUGGGAUACCACCUACAGCUCUUGACCCAGAUCACUAA